AUGGUUGAAGAGUGUAAUCAUCCGAUAAGAAUAGGAGGUAUGUGCGGGUGCUGUGGGGCUGAUAUAGAAGAGAAAAGUGAAGAGCUAUUUACCCUUUUGCACAGCAAUACAAGUGUGCUUUUGAAUAAAAAAGAGGCAGAGAGAGUGAAUGAAGAGAUGUAUCUUGGAACAGUUCAGAACAAGAAGCUUGUUCUUCUGCUGGAUUUAGACCAGACAGUUAUUCAUACAAGUGCAUCCAUGAGGUUUGGAACAUAUUUUGAAGAGUUCAAAAAGUAUUCCUCAGGAGAGCAGCAGAGGGCACAGAACCCCCAGAGAGAAAGCACUGUGCCAGAGGACAGCAGGACAGAUUCCAUGGCCGCAGGUGCAAGUGAAUUAGAUUCAAGCCCAGAAGGCAUAAACAAAAACAAACCAAAAGAAUCCGAUCCAGAAGAUAAACACAAAGAUAGAGAAUCUGUUCCAGAAGAUAAACACAGAAAGAUAGAACCAUCGACAGAUGAAAGAAGGAAAAAAAGGAAGUUUUCAUUUGAUGAGUACAAGAAUGAAUAUCUCAAGGAGAUAGACAGUCAGCUCAAGGAUAUACGUGAAAUAAAAAUAGAUGGGUACACGUACUACGUAAAACUUAGAGACCGCCUGGAGUGGUUUCUUAAGGAGGCAGAGAAGUACUGUGAGAUGCACAUAUACACAAUGGGAAACAAAGCGUAUGCUACUGCCAUUGUAAAGAUCCUUGAUCCAACAGGCAAACUAUUUGGCAGCCGGAUAAUCACGCGAGAUGAUAACUUCGGGUGCUUUGACAAAGACAUAAAGAGACUUUUCCCCACUAACUCUAAGCAUGUGAUAAUUCUGGACGACAGACCAGAUGUAUGGGGGUUCGUUGAUAACUUGUAUCCCAUAAAGCCAUACUACUUUUUUGAGACAGAUGACAUCAACAGCCCAGAGGCCCUCCAAAAUGGAUACCUCCCUGAUGUAGGUAUGCCAGUCUCCAUACCAAAUAAUAAAGAAGACCUUCUGGAGGAGAUCAGCAUAGAGUGCAUACGGAAUCCUUUUGACAAUGAGCUUGAGAAGGUUCUGAGAGGCUUAGUGGAAGUACAUGCAGAGUUCUUUGCAGGCACAUACAGUAUAGCGCACAUUCUACGAGAAAGAAAGAAUAUCUUCUUAGGGUGCACUGCAAAGAUGGUUGGACAGAAAGAAUAUGUUGAAUAUUUGCGCAGACUGUUUAAGCACCACGGGGGCCGUGUGCUGCGAAAAUCAUCUAAUUCACCGUAUACUCACUGGAUACAGGCAGAUACAAAGAGAGUCUAUCUAAAGUCAAAGCGUCUGGAAGGUGUAAAAUAUGUUGAUGCAGAGUGGGUAUACGCCUCAGUAUACGCAUUCAAUAGAAAUCCAGAAGAAAUGUAUAUUGUUCAAGAGAGAAUAUGUGAAGAAGCAGAAAGUAACAUAGAAAGUGAUGACAGCAAAGACCCCAGUAAUGACUCAUUGUACAGCAGUGAUGAAUCUUUGUAUAAAAAGAUCCUGGAUGAUGCAUAG